AUGGGGAGGGGGGCUAGCUGUCUGGAAGAAGCGGCUGAGUCCGCACCCCUCUGCUCCCGCACCCCCGCCCUCCCCGCCUUAAAGCCCCGCGGGGAGCAGGUGGCGGCCGGGGUAGCCAAGCGGAGGAGCCGCCGCCGCAGCCGCAGCAAGCCGGGCGCCCACGGAGGAGAUGAGAGCAGGAGCGGCGCCGCCGGCACCAUGCGCCGCCCGCCUCCGCUGCCCCUGGCCGCACUCUGCCUCUUGGCGCUGCCGGCAGCCGUCGCCGCCUACUUCGGCCUGACAGGAAGAGAAGCUCUAACUCCCUUUCCUGCACUGGGCUCAGCCACAGCUCCCCUGCAGAGCAGAGCCCACCUGAAGCAGUGUGACCUUUUGAAGCUUUCCCGUAAGCAAAAGCAACUAUGUCGGCGGGAGCCGGGCCUAGCUGAGACCCUGUAUGAUGCUGUGCACCUGGGUGUCCUUGAGUGCCAGGCCCAAUUCCGCCAUGAGCGCUGGAACUGUAGUCUGGAAGGGAGAACGGCGCUCCUGAAAAGAGGUUUCAAGGAGACCGCCUUCCUAUAUGCAGUGUCCUCAGCAGCCCUGACCCAUGCAUUGGCCCGGGCCUGCAGUGCAGGCCGAAUGGAACGCUGUACCUGUGAUGACUCCCCUGACCUGGAGAACCGCCAGGCCUGGCAAUGGGGUAUGUGCGGGGACAACCUCAAAUACAGCAUCAAGUUCCUCAGCAACUUCCUGGGGCCCAAGAAAGGAAGCAAGGAUCUUCGCGCCCGGAUGGACGCCCACAACACCAACAUGGGCAUUAAGGCUGUGAGGAACGGUCUGAAAACCACAUGCAAAUGUCAUGGUGUCUCCGGCUCCUGUGCCGUGAGGACCUGCUGGAAGCAACUCUCCCCAUUCCGGGAGACAGGUCAGCUGCUAAAGCUACGUUAUGAUGCUGCCGUCAAGGUCUCCAGCACCACCAACGAAGCCUUGGGACGCCUGGAGCUGUGGGCACCCCCAAGAUCCAGCCGCCCAGCUAAGGGCACGGCGCCUCGGCCCAGCGACCUGGUGUACAUCGAUGACUCGCCUAGCUUCUGCCGGCCCAGCAAGUACUCUCCAGGCACAGCAGGGCGGGCCUGCUCCCGGGAGGCCAGCUGCGACAGUCUGUGCUGCGGUCGGGGCUACAACACCCAGAGCCGCCUCGUGGCCUUCUCCUGCCACUGCCAUGUGCAAUGGUGUUGCUAUGUUGAAUGCCAGCAGUGCAUACAGGAGGAGCUGGCCUACACGUGUAAGCAGUAG